AUGCCCAAGUACAUUAUCAGUUUCGCCCAUGCCUUUCCUUCGUUUCGUGUUCCUGAGUUAGAGUCAUUAGCCGAUUUGUUUAACGUAACUGUUGACCUCAGCCACCACAACGAGAAAAGCCCAUUUCUAAUAGUCGAUUUAAAGAAUGAUGAAGAUGCCAAAAACCUUGUAAAGCGAUCUAUCCUUGCCAAGGGAAUCUAUGAGCUUUGGGGACAAGGAAAAGACUUGGAAGAGUUACAUCAAGACAUCAAAAGCAAAUCCACAGACAAAUUUGGGCUUUACAAGACCAACACCUUCAAGUUCGAUUUUGUUAGUUUCAUGGGCACCAAAACUACAGAAGAAAAAAUCGCUGUCAUAGAGACAUUCAAAUACAUGGGGUUUGAAGGAAAGAUUAGAUUAAAGAAUCCAGAGGUAGUGUACGCGGUUUUGGAAGAGUACUUUGUUUGUGGACAAGAAAAAGCACAAGCACCCAAUUUCCUUUGGUUCGGCAGGGAAGUACAACUUAGCGCCAGAUCAUCGGGAGUGGUAGAAAAGUACGAUUUGAAACGCAGAAAAUAUAUUGGAACGACAUCCUUCGAGGCUGAAUUGUCUUUGAUUAGUUGUAAUCUUGGACAGGUUGCACCAGGAAAAAUAAUCUAUGAUCCGUUCACUGGAACGGGGUCUUUCUUGGUGGCAGGCGCAUACUUUGGGGGUUUACCGCUCGGUUCAGAUAUUGACGUGAGAUCGAUUCGAGGUAAGGGCCCAAAGUGCAACUUGAAGGAAAACUUCAAACAGUACGGAACUUCUUCGCAAUUUGUUGACACACUAGUGAUGGACUUUACUAAUAAUGCUCUUCGGAAAAACUUUGUGAUUGAUUCAAUUGUAUGUGAUCCGCCAUACGGUGUCAGAGAAGGGCUCAAAGUUUGCGGUGCCAAAAACCCAGAGAAAGCCAAGGGCAGAGAAAAUAAUGUAGUUGAUGGGGAGUUGGGGUUUUUGCGCAAAGACUUCAUCGCGCCCAAGAAACCUUAUGAGUUGGCCAACUUGCUUGAAGAUCUUCUUAAUUUUGCUGCUGAAAAAUUACCGAUUGGAGGCAGAUUAGCGUUCUGGAUGCCCACUGCAAACGAUGAGUUUGUGGAACAUCACAUUCCUCAGCAUGAGAGGUUGGAGUUACUUUAUGCUUUGGAGCAGGAAUUUAACAAAUGGUCGAGAAGAUUAGUGGUGUAUGUGAAAAGAGGUGAUGAUUACAAAGGAACUUCAUCUAAUGGAAUGAUCCGGGACAAAGUCACCAGUUUCCGUGAUCGCUACUUCAAGAGUUUCAACGAGAAAAGUAAGAAAGACCAAUCAGAGUAA